UGCGCUAUGAAAUUAGUUUCUUUUGAAAACAACAACAACAAGACAAAUUGUCGUGCUCCAAAUUCUAAAAUGUAAUGAGUUCCAAAAUUGAAUCCGUGUCGGGUAGGAAGACAGCACAGGAGCACGUUAAGACGUUGGGCUACCGGUUUGUGGCGCGACUUGGCGAGGGUACGUUCUCAAAGGUUUACCUUACCGAGUACACAAGCCCGAACGCAGUUGGUGUUGAAAAGCUAGCUUGCAAGCUGAUCGACACGGCGGUGUGCAGUGCCAAGUUCCGGCGCAAGUUCUUACCACGGGAAUUGGCGGUUCUUCUACGAGUCCGGCAUCCGCACAUCAUCCGGAUCCAGGCGAUCGUCAAAUGUCACUCGAAGAUCUUCAUAUUUAUGCGGUACGCUGAACUGGGCGACUUGUUGACCUUCAUCCUAGCCCAUGGAGCUAUUGGUGAGAGUCAGAGCAGGAUUUGGGGACGCCAAGUCGGGCUGGCGUUGCAAUAUCUGCACGAAUCCGGGAUAGCACACCGGGAUCUCAAGUGCGAGAACAUCCUGAUCACCACGAACUUCAACGUCAAGUUGAGUGACUUUGGAUUUGCACGGCACGUGAUGCGAAGUCACGAGGUGGAACUGAGCAGCACCUACUGCGGAUCGUUCGACUACGCCUCGCCGGAGAUCCUCAAAGGGACUCCGUACAAUCCCAAAGCAUCCGACAUGUGGGCCUACGGAGUACUACUCUACGUCAUGCUCAACAAAUCGAUGCCCUUCAAGGGUCGUACAAAGGCAGUCUACGAGCUCCAGUUGGCUCGCAAGUGGCAGUUUAGAUCGCGAGUCCGCAGCAAGUUAUCCCACCAGGUCAAAUCCCUGGUAACGAACCUCCUAGAACCGAACCCAAUCAUUCGUUACACCAUCGACGAAACGCUCAUCAACGACUGGUUCAUGGACGUUCCCAAACUACGAGCCCUCAACCCAGACGAAUUCGUGUGCCUAGCCGAGGCCCGCUCCGUAACCAGGGCCUGCUCCAGCGACGUUCUGCACGUCCAAUCGAAGCUGCGCCAGUCCGGCAGCGACGUCAUAACGACCAUCAAGCAGGUCGAGCAACGAGACGCGCCCCAAUUUAAAUCCAAUUUGUCACUAAAGACGUCCACCAUCCUACUGCUGCAAGACGACUCCACGGUCAACGAUGCACCACCUGACGACGAAGAACGCCCUGAACCCGCCGACGAACCUGAUGAUCCCCAGCAGCAACCUUCCCCAGAUGAUACCCGUUCGUUAUAAAAUACAAACAAUUACGGCUCAUUAUUUUGUGUCUCCAUGGAA